AAGCCACCCAAUUCAUUCCAUUUAAGGCAACGGGUAUUCCCCAUACCUCCAAAUUUUCUUCUACACAGACGCGUUUUCAUUUAAAAUCCAUCACCUUUUUUUCCUCCCACCGAUUUCUCGCCAGCAUUUCUCAAGAUGGCGUCCAACGGUUCACCAUCCAGCGAAUAUGUAACUCUAGUCUCCAGUGAUGGCUUUGAGUUUGUAGUUCUUCGCGAGGCGACCAUGAUUAGUUCUGUCAUCAAGGGUAUGCUAGAUCCCAAUAGCAAGUUCGCUGAGGAGCGAACUGGUCGCUGUGUGUUUGAGGAGAUCAACGGCAUGGUCUUAGAGAAGGUCGUCGAAUUCUUCCACUAUUGGUACAAGAACCGUGAAAAGGAAGACGUACCUGAUAUGGAAAUCCCUGUUGAACUCUGCCUAGAGCUCUUGAUGGCUGCGGAUUUCCUAGGACUUGAUAAAGCAACAUAGAUUCUCUCGUCACUACCGACCAGAUAUCAGUCGGAUAUGAUUAAGAUCUCAUAGACCGGAUACAGAAUACGGGAUACGGCUGGCGUUUUGGUGUCAAGAUACCACGAUACGAUAUGAUCACUAUGAAUUUUGGGGUCUAGGUAGAGGCAACGGUUUACGAAGGCGCAAUGAUAUUGGAAUUCAAGGUUGCUUAACCAUAAUUGAUCCCAAAUUCUUAUGGUAGGUAUGAUGCAAACAGUGUCAUGUCUGUUUUAACAAAUGGACCCAUCUAAGCAUAUGCUUUCAACUCUGCUCUCCCGUGUGUUGAAUCGCCUACAACAGAUGGAAGAUUGAUAUAUCUUAUCCCCCGCACUCUGCGUGGCUUGUGUUUCUCUGUUGAGACCAUGCUUUUUAGGUGGGGAUACAUCCAAAUUCCAGUAGAACACAUUACUCAAUACAAC